AUGUCCGAUCAAGACAUUCACCCAAAUAAAUACAGUGAAUUGCGAAGCAUCUAUGGAUACUACAUUGAUUCAUACAAUGCGUUGUAUCAGCUAAAAACGGAUAAUGAAGAAGAAUUAAACAAGAUUUACAAAAUGAUCAAAGCAAAUUUAAUUGAUUCAAAGAAAUUUCACCCCAAAAAUAUUAUGGAAGAUAUUUUAGGAAUCAUUCAAUUUAAUAAUCGCUAUACAAAGUCAUAUUUAUCUCUUGCUAAACUCAUAUAUGAUGAAUAUCAUGUGGAAGGGGUCAUUAAUAUAUAUUAUGUUCCAGACUUUCUGUUUUAUAAAGAAUAUGGAAUUAAAUUAGACAAAUCUGGCUUUUUUGGAAACCAUGAUUUAGAAAAUCUCGAUAUUCAUUCAGAAAAUACAAUUUAUAGGGCAAUUAUGUAUAAUGACCUUGAAUCAUUCAUCAUAUUUACGGAAAGAGAUGGAUUUGAUAAAAAUCAAAAACUUAAAAGCAAAUUAUAUCCAUAUACUGGCAAAGGAUAUUCAUUACUUGAAUUAUGUUGUUAUCAUGGAGCAGUUGAUUGUUUCAAGUUAUUAAGAACGAAAUUUAACUCAGAAAUAACUCAAAGAUGUUUAGAAUUAUCAGUUUUAGGAGGAAAUCAAGAGAUCAUGAGUGAAUGUCUGAAAUAUCAAAAACCAGAUUAUGACUGCAUGGAAUAUGCAAUUAUUUCACACAAUAUUGAUUUUGUUACAUUCUUGAUGAAUGAGUAUAAUAUAAAGAUACUUUUAAUGGAAUGUGGAUGGUAUAAUAAUCUUGAUUCCUUUUUAGUUUAUUUCGACCAAACAAACAAUUUUAAUGAAUGCUUUGUUUAUUCAUCGGAAUUUAAUAUUAUUUCCCUUUGCGAAUACUUCCUUUCACUUGGUGCAAAUAUUAAUGAAAAAGGUGAUUGGGAAGAACCGCUCUUCAUUUUGCUGCAGAUAAUAAUAGCAAAGAAAUAG